AAUUCUGCUUAGCAACGAAUAGUUUCCGUGGCCGGAGAAAUGGAAAAGGUCCCCAUGACACGCCAGAAUUCCGAUGGAAUCGACGAUUUCCUGGACGGACCGGCGGAUUUUGCGGAUUUAAUGUUUGGGUUCAUGGACGGAAGCAAUGGUUCCGACGAACAAAUUUUGGGUGACUUCGUCGGCGGCGAAGAUGAGGACGAAGGCCAGAUUAAACGGAGGAGGAUUUUCUGGGAAACCCAAGAACAGCUUCUUCAGGCAACGUUGUUUCAAACUACUUCUCUAGAAUCAAGAAUUCGCCGAGCUACGAAAGAAGCAUUGAGGGAGCUACACACGGUAGGAGUACAAUGCGGCUGUCGGAGACCGGUGGCCGGAGAUUGCCGGAAAUGUAUCCAAAGGGAACUCUCGGUUCGUCUCCAAAGCUUAGGCUUCAAUUGUUACAUAUGCAAGUCCAAGUGGAAGAGCUCCACCGAGAUUCCACCCGGCGAGCACACUUAUCUUGAAGUGCUGGACAAAUCGAAUCCGAAAAAAGGUGAUGUAAGAGUUGUGAUCGAGUUGAAUUUCCGAGCCGAAUUCGAAAUGGCGAGGGCCAACGACGAUUACAACAAGUUAAUCGCCAUGUUAUCGGAACUGUUCGUCGGCAAAACAGAGAGGCUGAAAGCAGUGAUCAAGAUAUUAUGUGUCGCAGCCAAGAAAUGCAUGAAAGAGAAGAAGAUGCACUUGGCCCCAUGGAGGAAGCACAAGUACAUGCAAGCCAAGUGGCUUGGAACAUACGAGAGAACGACGCCGACACCAUUGCCGGUGGGGACUCCCGACCGGCCACAAAAGCCGAAAGCUUCGUUGUUAACCUUUGAUCUGAGGCAGGGUUUGCCUGUCAUGCAUUACACUGCUGUUGAAGUUGUGUGGUGAAUGAAAACGAGAAACAUAAUAAUUUUGGAGUAAACUAAGAACAAUGUAUCAAUCAAAGUUUUGAUCAUCUCUUUGUAGUGAGUAAUCACACUAUUAUAAUUAUACUAUUAAGGCU